AUGCACAUUGAUGUGAAGGGAGGAAUCAUUGAUCUCCAUCUGGGAGAUAUCGUCAUGAGGUUCGAGAUGAACAAACUCCUCAAGAAGCCAAUGUUAGAUGGGCAAACUUAUGUGAUUGAAGAUGGCUCAAACUUGGUGGACGAAGUGAGUGAGGAGAUGCUUCUUGACGACCCUCUGGAGCGGCAAGAUGGAGAGACUGGUGGCGUUCAUGAGCUUGGAGGACGAGGAGGAUCGAUCGAACAGAUGCCAGAUCGAUCGAAUGCACCUCAGGAGAGUCCCGUCAACAGCCCUUGGAGCGAGUCGAGUGCACCUAAGCUCGAGCUGAAAACACUCCCUGCGGGGCUCAGGUAUGCAUUUCUGGGACCUAACUCUACAUACCCUGUGAUAGUGAAUGCUGAGCUGAACAAUGUUGAACUUGCUUUGCUUCUCUGUGAGCUUAGGAAGUAUAGAAAAGCUAUAGGGUAUUCGCUAGAUGACAUCCCUGGAAUUUCUCCUGAUCUUUGCAUGCAUAGAAUACAUCUAGAAGAUGAAUCGAUGACUUCUGUAGAACAUCAGAGGAGGUUAAACCCGAAUCUAAAAGAUGUUGUCAAGAAAGAGAUAAUGAAACUUCUAGAUGCUGGUGUAAUUUAUGCUAUAUCUGAUAGUAAGUGGGUCAGUCCUGUGCAUGUAGUUCCUAAGAAAGGUGGUAUAACUGUUGUUAAGAAUGAUAGGAACGAGCUGAUACCCACUAGAACUGUCACUGGUCAUCGCAUGUGCAUUGAUCUGGAAGUAGAAGCUUUCGAUGUGUGGGGAGUUGACUUCAUGGGACAUUUCCCAUCUUCCUAUGGAAACCUAUACAUUUUGGUGGUUGUCGACUAUGUAUCUAAAUGGGUAGAGGCUUUGGCCAGUCCCACUAAUGAUGCAAAGGUCGUUCUGAAUAUGUUCAAGUCAGUGAUCUUCCCUCGAUUUGGCGUGCCGAGAGUUGUUAUAAGUGAUGGAGGUUCUCACUUCAUCAAUAGAACGUUUGAUAAUCUUUUGAAGAGGCACGGGGUGAAGCACAAGAUGGCGAGUCCUUAUCAUCCCCAGACGAGUGGCCAAGUGGAGCUAUCCAACAGAGAGAUCAAGAACAUUCUACGGAAAACUGCAUGCACAACUGGGAAAGAUUGGUCUGCAAAAUUGGAUGAUGUACUCUGGGCCUAUCGAACGGCCUACAAGACUCCUCUUGGUACAACACCAUUCAACCUGGUCUAUGGCAAGGCUUGUCACCUGCCUGUGGAGCUAGAAAACAAGGCUGCGUGGGCAGUUAAGCAGAUGAACUACGACGUGAAAUCUGCGGCAGAGAGAAGGAACAUGCAGUUGGUGGAGCUUGACGAGAUUAAGCACCUGGCCUAUGAUUGUUCGAAGAUCUACAAGGAGCGGACUAAAGCUUAUCACGACAAGAAUAUCCUGAAAAGGAACUUUUCCCAAGGAGAUCAAGUCCUGCUGUUUAACUCCAUGCUGAAGUUAUUUCCUGAAAAGCUGAAAUCAAGGUGGUCUGGACCCUUUGUUAUCAAAGAGGGAAUCUUUGUUCUCUCAGUGAUCCAUCUCCUGCCUAAUAGGCAUUCAAGUCAAGCUAGUGACUUAAACCAAGCGCUUGGUGGGAGGCAACCCACUAAUCGAGUCGACCCACCCGUUGAUCGACCCGCCCGCCCAACCGUUGACCCGCUGGGCCCACCACGAGUUCGGUUGAGUAUGAUUGUGUUUAUUCUUAGUGUGAGCUUAGUUGUUCUUCUGACGAAGUCGAUUGAGCCGCCAUUGCAAUAUCACUUGUUGAAGUCGAUCGCUUGGUACUUACGCCGGCGUGAAGAGUUUGUGAGAGGGAAGAGGCCCGUUGACUUUAACGACGACUUCGUGGAAGACGAGACGAUGGAGGAUGCCCCGUUUCCCAAGCCCACGGGAGAUGACGAUCCCGUUGAUACGACGACAGACGCAGAGAUGAAGCUCCUCUGA